AUGAGUUCUGGGCGCAGAUCAUCAUCAUCAUCAUCGAAAAACAGAAGUGAUUCGCAUGUCUUUAGCAUCUCGAAUCUUCCAUGGAAGCCUUUUUGUCGCUGUGGAGACAUUGUUGUACUUCGAAGGGCAAGAAUUGUCAACAAUUAUGGAAAACUUUUUUGGGGUUGUCAACGUUUUAAGAGAUAUAGUAAUGAUGGUUGUGGAUUCUUUGAAUGGUUCUAUGAAGAAGUAAGAGAUGGAAAGGAACAAAUCAUGAUGAAGCAACAAAGUAAGAUAGAAGAGCUAACUCAAGAGAUGGAGGAAGCCAAAAAUGAAGUUGAAGAGUUCAGGCUCAAGAGUCUGAAGCUAGAAGAUGAUUUAAAGAACACCAUUAAGUGGAAAUUUUUUGGAAGUUUUUGUUCUAUGUUGUGUUAUUUGUUUUAG